UAGCCGCAUGGCUGAGGGUUGCUCAGUGGCUCCGCGGCCGAAGGCGGCCCCGGAAGGGCCGGCCGGCGUCUUGCCUUGCCUAGAAUUGCCUACCUACGCGGCUGCUUGUGCGCUCGUGAAUAGCCGCUACUCCUGCCUGGUGGCGGGGCCGCACCGAAGACACAUCGCCUUAUCGCCGCGCUAUCUUAACAAGAAACGCACCGGUAUUCGAGAACAGCUCAAUGCAGAGCUCCUGCGCUAUUCCGAGAGCCUUUUAGGUGUACCCAUUGCUUAUGAUAACAUCAAAGUAGUGGGUGAAUUAGGAGAUAUUUAUGAUGAUCAAGGACACAUUCAUCUUAACAUUGAAGCAGAUUUUGUUAUUUUCUGCCCUGAACCAGGGCAAAAACUUAUGGGAACAGUUAAUAAAGUGUCCUCGAGCCACAUUGGCUGCUUGGUCCAUAGGUGCUUCAAUGCCUCCAUCCCUAAACCCGAGCAGAUGCCAGCUGACCAGUGGCAGACGCUGCAGAUAAACGUGGGUGAUGAACUAGAAUUUGAAGUAUUUCGUUUAGACUCAGAUGCUGCUGGAGUAUUCUGCAUUCGGGGAAAACUAAGUAUCACUAGUUUACAAACCAAGUGCUCUGCAGUUCCUGAAGAAGCACCAGAAACUGGCGUGGAUGAGCCUGUCGAAAAACCUCCAAAGAAGAAAAAGAAAAAGAAGAAAGACCUAGAGCCAUGUGAAGUGCAGGGCGGUAGCACAGAGCCAGCAGGACUUGCAGACGCUGCCAUGAAGGACGAGACAGACCUGCACGUUAGUAACAGUGUGAAUGGCCUCUGGGAGGAAGAGCCGAAGAAGAAGAAGAAGAAGAAGCAGCAGCAGCACCAGGAAGAUCAGGACCAAGAGCCUGUCUACCAAGGCAGUGACUCCAGUGGUUAUCAGAGUGACCACACGAAGAAGAGAAAGAAAAGAAAGCGCGAGGAGGCUGAGUCUACGCCACUUGUGGAACGUGCACCUAAAAAGAAAAGGGAGAAGUAAUUUUCUUUUGUGCGUUUUAAAUAUGAUUUGGUUUGUUAAAGAUUUAUACACAGUAGAUGCCGAAAGUUUAAAUUAAGAAAUGUUUUGUAUUGCAGUAUUUUGCAUAACGGGAACAUUUUGAUUAGUUGAGUUUUUGGUACUAAAAUUGAUUUGGAAAACACCAGUGUUAUUAAAGUGCCACUUGUAUGCAGAAUAGAAAGGUAAGAACUGCCUUCAUUCUCUCAUGCCUCCAGUGGAUACAUUCUAAGUAAAAUGGUUUCUACAGUCCUGAGACUAACAAAAGGACUUGUGUAAUGCAGUGAUAGCGUGUAUAUCAUAAAGAAUGAGUUUUGAGCUUGGGGGGAUGGUUGUUACAAGUUUUGAAUUUAGUCAUAAUGUUACAUGCCAUGUCUUUAGGCUUUGUUUAAAAUUUAAGUCAUUUACCAGUUUUAGGUUUUUUGUUUGUUUGCUUUAAUCGUGGCUACUGCAGUAGUUUUGUUGUUUACCUUGGGAUGGUGUGUCAGAGGUAUUUCUGCAGUUUUCAGAGCUCUUUAGAAACUGCCCUCUCUGAACCGUAGCCCUCCCUGUGGAUCAUGAGUUGGGAAACAGUGCUGACUGUUCUUUCCUUCUCUGUGCAUGUGUGGCGUUCUCUUUUCUCCCUGUCUCAACCAUUCUGCUCUUGUUGUGUGUUGGCGGAAGAGUCUGAUGAAGACAGGAUAAAGGUGAUUCUGACUAGUGGGGAAUUUCCCUAUUUUUCAUAACUGAGUUAAGCUCCUAGAAACUAUUAGGAGAACAGUUACACACUGCUUUCACUGAGAAAGUGUGGAAUAUGUCUUCACUAUUGGAAAACACUGAAGAAGGAACUGACAGGCGAGUUCGGCCUGAUGCUCAGUGCAAGGUUGUGUCCAUUCAUUCAGCAAAAUCCAGUGUCCUCGUGUUACACGCAGUAGGCCGUCGUUCCCCUAAGGUCGGGGGUAUGAUGGCACACAAGGCAGGAGUGGCUCCUUCCCUCGUGGAGUGUCACAGGAGGAGCAGACGCGCACAUGCAACUCAAGUAAGAGAAUGACUCAUUCUGGAAAGCUCUAAAAGGAAAGAAGGUUCUCUUUUCCCACUGCUGUGACGCAUGGCGGCCCCUUUCAGUUGCCAUUUAUCUCGUGCCAGACGCAGUACGGCCCUUACUGUUUACUGCCUGCGCCAACAGAAGAUGGAGUGGGAGAGUCGCCCAUGGCGCUUGUCUGCAAACACAUGUGCCAGACGGUGGGAGGGGGUGCGCCGGUGUCCUUCCUUACCAGUAAGCUCAUGUGGAUAUUUAGUCCUCACAGUGAAGCCAGUCCAAACUGAGAUGAGGUUUGAGAUGAGGUGCCAGUAUAAAACACACAGCAGACUGUGGGGGUGUACAAAGAAAGAGUGCAGAAUACCUCUGUUUUGUAUAUUGGUGAGACUAUAAUAUUUUGGUAUAGAUGGAGUAAAUAAAAUAUUCAAUUGG